CCAGGGAUUAGCAGUAAGCAACCUUGCAUCUCGUUCAUUUUAUAGCAUAUUUGAACGAAUAUUUCUUUUUCUUUUAUAGUCUAUGAGUUUAAACAAUAGUAGCCCAUUGCCGAAAUCAUCAUCACUUCCAACCAUCGCGAAUUAUCCUUCAUUAACUCCUCCUUCGAGAUCUGGGACCGCCGAUAUUAGCUCUAACGGCAAUGUCAGUAAUUACAAUUUGCAGGAAACACUCUAUAGAAAGGUUGCAGACAGAUUACAGCAGCAUAAUUUAUCAGUGUCCGGCGAGAUGGAUAAAUUAUUACUUCAAAACCGAUUAUUAAAUGAGGGAGAAUUGAAUAUUGAAAACGAAUAUAGGGCCUUGAGUGACAUUAAGGAACGCUUGCGAUAUAAUAAUUUGAUAUUAGAGACAAGAUCUAAAGAAAUAGAUACAGUGAUCAAACAAGUGAAUAAUACGCCUGAUGUGCAAGUGGAUGAAGCUUUAUGUGGAACAACUGUAGUUGCCAAUCAACUAUAUGAGUUGGUAGGUGAUGACAACGCUAUAUCAGAUACAGUCUACUUUUUGGCUAAGGCUUUAAAUUCUGAAAGAAUCGAUCUAGCUACAUUUAUGAAAUUUACACGUAUGCUAUCUAGGGAACAAUUCAUGAAAAGAGCUUUGAUCAAGAAGAUUACACAGGCUGCUUGAAAAACAAUACAUACGGAAUAAAUAUAAUGAAGACGUAUUUCGAUUUUUGCUUUUUAAUUUGCUUUUUUUUUUUUUUUGGCAACC